CGUGCUCUACGACUGGGAAUUGGUACAUCUAGGCGAACUAUUGUUAGUAUUGGCCUAUAACCGGUGCUUUAAACUCUGUGGGCGAGUGUAGAUCUAGCCUAUCCCCAUGCAUACUCCCAGUCGGUCAGUGCCUGUGGGUAUCAGAUGUCUGGGGACGGAGGGUCUGCAGAGACAGCCAGUACGGCAGCAAAGCGCGACCCCUUGAGAAGACCCUCCGCCUCGUGUCUAUAGAGAGCCGACAUGGACCCCAGCAGAGCGUUCAUACGGCGGCGCCUCCGCAGUGAGAGCUCAGCGUCCGUGCCUCAGUUCACCAACUCCCCCACCAUGAUUGUACUGGUGGGCUUACCUGCCAGGGGGAAGACCUACAUCUCAAAGAAGCUUACCAGAUACCUCAACUGGAUCGGGGUUCCCACCAGAGUGUUCAAUGUAGGGCAGUAUAGAAGAGACGCAACACGGUCCUACAACAGUUAUGAAUUCUUCAAACCCGACAAUGAAGAGGCCAUGAAGAUACGCAAAGCCUGUGCCAUCUCGGCCCUGAGAGACGUGUGUUCCUACUUUAACAGACAAGAAGGACAGGUGGCGGUGUUCGACGCGACCAACACCACCCAGGAGCGCCGAGAGGUCAUCCUGAGCUUCGCCAAGGAGAAUGGAUACAAGGUUUUCUUUGUUGAGUCGAUAUGUGAAGAUCCUCAAAUCAUCGCUGAGAACAUUAAACAAGUGAAGCUGAGCAGUCCGGACUAUGUGGACUGUGACAAAGAGGAGGCCGUGGCAGACUUCCUGAAGAGGAUCGAGUGCUACAAGCUUUCCUACACCCCCCUGGACGACGAGCGGGACAGAAACCUGUCCUACAUCAAGAUCUUCAACGUGGGCAGCAGGUACCUGGUGAACCGCAUCCAGGACCACAUCCAGAGCCGCAUCGUGUACUACCUCAUGAACAUCCACGUCACGCCGCGCUCCAUCUACCUGAGCCGCCACGGGGAGAGCGAGCUCAACCUGCUGGGACGCAUCGGGGGCGACUCGGGGCUGUCGCCGCGCGGCGCCGGGUUUGCCAGUGCCCUGUGCACCUACAUGCAGGACCAGAACAUCAGCGAUCUGAAGGUGUGGACCAGCCACAUGAAGAGGACCAUCCAGACGGCCGAGGCCCUUGGGGUCCCGUACGAGCAGUGGAAGGCCCUCAAUGAGAUAGACGCUGGUGUGUGUGAAGAUAUGACGUACGAGGAGAUCCAAGAGCAUUACCCAGAGGAGUUUGCCCUGAGGGACCAAGACAAGUACCGCUACCGCUAUCCCAAAGGAGAGUCCUACGAAGACCUGGUGCAGCGCCUGGAGCCAGUCAUCAUGGAGCUGGAGAGGCAGGAGAACGUUCUGGUGAUCUGUCAUCAGGCCGUCAUGCGCUGCCUGCUGGCCUACUUCCUUGACAAGAGUGCUAGUGAGCUGCCCUAUCUCAAGUGUCCUCUGCACACGGUCCUGAAGCUCACGCCCGUCGCCUACGGUUGUAAAGUGGAGUCAUUGUUCCUCAACAUAGAGGCUGUGAACACACACCGGGAUCGACCAGAGAACGUGGAGGUGGACCGAGACCCAGAGGAGGCUCUGGAGACCGUACCAGACCACAUCUAGACCGACACGGGGAAGCAGAGACAGGAGACGGAACAAGAGCCUUUUUCUUUAAUAAGUUACUGCAAGUGUUGCCAUGUUAGUGAAGUCCAACGUGAACUACUGUGAGACCUUAUAGUAGGGCAGCCUUCUUGCAACGCACUUUAUAAUGCUGUACUCUGGCCAGAAGGCCGUUUCCUGUGUAGCAAUAAGACAUGGACACUUUGCGGCACUCAGGUCAGAAUACCAGCAAUAUUGUUUGCAUACUCUAAAUCCAUCGUAAUUAUCUCCAUCCGCUCUCAUCCUCCCUUCAUUCACUCCUGUUUUCCAAUACAGUGACCCACAUCACAUGAUUUGAAACCGUCAGAAUAGCUGACAUUUUGGUUCAAUUUAUACAAAAAAAGAAUUUCUGUUUAGUUUAAAAUACAACUUAAAUCACAAGGGAGUAUUAAAGAACAAAAAGGUGCAUUCCAAGAUACAUAAUAUGAACUGGUCCGAAAGUGGAUCUGUGGGUGUGGAGGUACAACACAGAUGUAAUUCAAAUCGUACAAAUUAACUAAAGAAAGCACCAUCCCCUUGUAGGGGAAGUUGGCCUUCUACUGCCCAACACCACUGUGUGCCUCAAGUCAAAUGUACAUAACACUAUGCACCAUGAUGCAGUCUAGCCUAGCUACGCUUACUGUGGACUCACUGUCUUACCUCAUUUAAGCCAUUUUCCUUAACCUUGGCUCAGUUGGUUUAACAAAUCCUCAAUCUUACACUGAAUUGUUCAAAUGUGGCACUUGUGAAUAGUGUGUAAUUAAUGUAUGCAAUAUUGAAUGCAGCUGAAUAUCUGAUCAGGUUUAUCUUGGUUUCCCAAGAGGCAAUUUAAAGGAACAUUUAAGACUAAGACUAAGACUAGAGCGGGUCAAUGUCAUUAAGAGGUGAUCUUCAAGAUGUUGUCCUUAAUACCCAUUGGUUCGUAACAGAACGUGAUCACAGCUCUUCCCAAGUAGUUGUCAAGUACACAACCAAGUAGGAUGUAGACCUCCAUCAUUAUGUGAUCACUUCAAUGUAUACGUCUUAGAUUCAUAAGUGAUAUUUUGAGUGUGUGCCAAGCCUCCCAUUGUGUGGCAUUGUGUGUAAUGUCGUCAAUACUGUGCAACAAAGCCCUGUGUGAGAAAAACUAAAAGCAAUCACUGAGGCAAAGAUACACAAAUAGGGUUUAUUUUAUGAAAAAUUAUAUUUACAACUGGCACCUUGAACUAAUAAAACAUACAAUGCCUUAGAACAUUCAGUGUGAACGUUAAUCGCUGAACAAUUACAAUCCCCAUCUCU